AUGGAAGAAAUACCGGAAUCAGAUGCCCCGAGUGAAACACGAUCGAAUCAAUUUUCAUCUCACAACUCUAGUUGUCGCAAUGGAAAACUCGUUCACAUCUUGAAAUUCAUCUUCUCUCUAUUGGUACCCAUUGUUCUUGCUAUUUUCACCAUUGUCGUUACUGUCCAGCAACAGAGCAUCGCUAAUCAACAACGAAGUGAAGAUAAACAAACUGCCAUGCAACAACGACAAUUAGAGCGGCACCUGGCCGAUGACAAAUAUCAAAACGAUAUUUUCGAGGCUUAUAUCAAAGACACAGGUGAUUUGUUGGAAGCUACUCAUGGACAUCUCACAUCGAGUUCAACCAUUGCUUCUCUAAUACGAGCCAAGACUUUGAAUGUGCUUCGCCAUCUUGAAACUCAUCGAAUCGCUCGCAUCAUUUUCUUUCUUUACGAAGCCAAUCAGCUCUCCACAGUACAUCAACAUGCAGCACUAGAUCUUUCAACAGCUGAACUUUCUCACAUCAACUUCAGUCACUUUGCUAUGCACCGAAAAACUCUUGACCAACUAUCACUUACCGGUGUCAUUUUCAAUAACGUCACGUUCACGAAUGUUCGCAUGACAAACACAAAUUUCUCUGAUACUCGUUUCGAAAACGUGGACUUUUCACAUACAGUAAUGGAUGGAAGUGACUUCUCAUUUGCUCGAUUGGUGAAUGUGACAUUUUCAUAUGCAACACUACGCAAUGUGAACUUCAGCUAUAGUGAAAUGGAAAAUGUUCAAUUUGUGUCCACUAGACUACGGAUGACUAACUUUUCAUUCACUUCUUUAAGCCAUAUUAGUUUCUCAAAUUCUUCGAUGGUAGAAGUCACAUUUUCAUCCGCCGUACUUCAUCAUCUCACCUACUCACUAGCCAAUGUACGCAAAGCAGACUUUUCAGCAACUCUAGCCACGAAUUUGUCGUUCUCAUCUACCAUCUUGACUGCGACUAAUUUUGCCAAUGCAAACCUAUCAAACACCACCUUUCAGCGAGCUCAAUGCAUCGGAGCUCAUUUCGUACAAGCCAUUCUUUCAUCCUGUGACUUAUCGGUUGCUAAUGCAAAGGCGGUCAUGUUUGUCAGAGCAGAUCUUUUCGAUGUGAACUUCACUCUCACCAAUCUUCACAAAAGUGACUUCAUGGGUAGUAAUGCAACAAUAGACAUGUUGAAGCAGGCUCUGACAGUUCACGAUGCUCGAUUCUCUAAUGGAACACUUCUGCAUGAUGUAAAUCUCAUUAGUGAUGGCAGAGCCCGAUGUCACGGCUCGUUGACUGAUCACUGGACACUAGAAAGUGGAAACAUCAGCAUUAUAAUGUGGAAUACACAUGAGAAUCACUGUUACUUUGCUUUACAAUCAUCGAACAGUACAGGUGUGAUGAUACAAAACAUUGUUUCGUCAAAGAUAUGGAAUGAGACGACAGGAAAAAGAGGGAAGCGAUUAGGGUUGGAUGGGAAUGCGAGUGUUGGCGUGUGGAUUGAAGUGAGAGGAUUGACUGAAGAAGGACAUGUAGUUGAUGAACAAGUGUUGCAUUGGAAUGAUACAAGUGUGAGUUUGUCAUUGGAUGACGCGAUGGAAAGUGUGAAAGUAAGUGUGAUUUUUAGUGGAGUAAUAAUUGGUGAUGAUGGUAAUGGUGGUGAGAUGGAGGAAAGAUGGUGUGAUGCAGUUGAAGCAUACAUGGACUAUGAUAAUGAUCUUGAAGAUUGGCAAAUUGGUGAUGAUGGUAAUGGUGGUGAGAUGGAGAAAAGAUGGUGUGAUGCGGUUGAAGCGUACAUGGAUUAUGAUAAUGAUCCUGAUGAUUUACGAGAUCUUCCAAUAAUUCCGCCCAAUAGUAAAUGGGAUAUACAUGGAGAAACAGUGUCCAAGUUUAUGCAAGCAGGUGAUUCAGUGGAUCAACUUGAUCAUCCAAUUGGUAUCUAUAUUUAUAAUCAGACCAUUCUUUAUAUCGCUGAUUAUGAACACCAUCGUAUUGUCAAGUGGGAUCUUAAUGCAAUUAGUGGACAGAUAGUAGCUGGUGAUGGUAAACCGGGAAAUGAAAAUUACCGGUUAUACCUUCCACGUAAUGUAAUCAUAGAUUCAUAUACAGACAGUCUAUUGAUCUGUGACUCGGGCAAUCAUCGCAUUAUGCAAUGGCCUCGUGUAAGUGGCUCAUAUGGAGAAAAAAUCGUCGUUAACAUUCAAUGUUGGGCAUUGGCUUUGGACGAUUACAGGUAUCUGUACAUUAUCGAUAACGAUAACAAUGUUGUGAAGCGAUACCGGUUGGAAACUUCAAAUGGUACGGUCGUAGCAGGUGGGUAUGGGCCAGGUGACAAGCUCAACCAGCUGAACAGCCCAACAGACAUAUUUAUUGACCGACAACAAUCGAUCUAUAUCUCAGAUAGUUUCAAUCAUCGCAUCGUCAAAUGGACCAAAGGGGCGAAAGAAGGAAUAGUCGUAGCUGGUGGCCAUGGCAAUGGUGCAAAUUUGGCACAACUGAAUAAUCCUCGGCAAGUGAUUGUUGAUCAGAAUGGUACGAUCUAUGUUGCUGAUCACGAAAAUCAACGAAUAAUGCGAUUUGAAGCAGGAGUAGCAGAGGGAAGUGUCAUCGUUGGAGAUAAGGGUGUCGGAAAUAAGUCAGACCAGUUUCGUUAUCCAACAGGUUUAUGUUUUGAUGGAGAUGGAAAUUUGUAUGUAGUUGACCAUGAUAACAAUCGUGUGCAAAGAUUUCGGAUUUAUUUAAAUUGA